ACUAUAGAAAUCAAUCAUAUAAGGAACUUAUUAAGGGAACAGCGAAAAUACGUUGCAGACGAAACAAUUCAACUCCAAGAAAAAGAAAUAUCGAUUCAGAAAUACUCAUCGUCUUGCUUUAAUAUUUAUCAGGCGUGUGUUGUUGGGGAUCUGGGCUCAGUUCAAUGGUACAUUAAUGAUGGACAUGAAGAUGUUAACAAACCCGACGAGAAUGGCACCACACCAUUGUUUUAUAGCAUUCAAAAGAAUCAAUUGUCCAUCGUGAAAGAACUGAUCAAAGCUGGUGCAGAUGUCAACAUGGUUGCUAGUUUGGAAGAAGGUAUUAAUGUCACUCCUGUGCACGUGGCAGUCAAGUUCAACCGCUGCGAGUGUUUGAAAAUCCUUUUAAAUCAUGGUGCCGACGCUAAUGUACCAAAUCAAUUCGGACAGACUCCUUUACACUCAGCUGUACGGAGAAAGCUUCGUGAUUUGGUCAAUAUGCUUCUUAAGAAUGGAGCAAAUGUUAACAUCACAGAUCAUGAUAUGGUGACGCCUCUACAUUUGGCUGCCAGCCCCGGAAGUAACAAAGACAUCAAAGAAGUAGUAAAGAUGAUGAUUGACAAUGGGGCAAAUCCUUUGUGUGAAGACAGUGAAGGCAACACUGUAUUUCACGAGGCUGCAGAAAAUGGCAGUGAAGAUGUACUCGAUGUAUUAUUUGAAUAUCAAAGUCAUCACACGUUUCCAUCAUUCAACGUGACUGAUGUGUUGAAUAAACCACGAAAGGACGGCAAUAAUUGCUUUCAUCUCGCCGUGAAGGGUCACGUUAAGGCAGUCGAUAUUUUAUAUAAUCAUUAACAAAUUUUAAGUGUUCUUGUGGAACGUGAACGGAAAGAAGUAGGAGAUGGAAGAAAGAGGAGAUGGGAGGAAGAGG